AUUCGCGAUUUAACUUCAUAACAGCACAGUACCUUCAUUACUAUAGUCGAAUUGUGUUCACGUUUAGCUCGGUCAACGAAAGGAAGCAGAGGGUUUUUCCGAUUUGAUUUUUUAAUUCAUCAACACGUAUACGAAAUUGUGUUUUUUGUUGCCGCUGGGUCGAAUAAUUUCUAAAAAAAUAUUAACUGCGAGAGUGUAUUCGAUUUCCGCCAAAUUGGAGCCGUCAACGGAUUACGCUGUGUUAGAUACAGGGUGAGAAAGUGAAGAUUUAUUCGUUGGAUUCGCAUCAUCGUCAGCAUGAAGAUUAAGGGAGCUAAUGCUAUUCCGAAAAAAAUCGUAUUUUACGAGAAAAACACAAAAUCAAAAGCAUGGCAUCGCUACGCGGAUAUCCUGAUACCGUUAAUUUCAAUGCCAACGUUAGUCUAUAUCGGAUAUACUUUGCACGAUUAUGUUUUGGAUCCAUAUCAACAAAGAGAACCCAGCAACUUGAAAGUUCUCGCCUUGGCUGGCGCUUUGAUUUGCAUAAGUUUCGCGGUAUUCUGCUACCUUUGCAUUAGACUGAAUACUCCCGUAUUAAGUUUUGGCAAAAAACGAUUUAGAACGAACUUUUCUUUGACAAGGAGCACGUCCAAUGGUUGCUUCAUGAAAUCAGUGAACAGCGAUUUACAAUUCAUGGUUCCGUUCAACUCUAAUCACCAUGCUACUUACGAAUCCAUUAUAUUCGAUGUACCGCCUCGUUAUACAGUAGUUCCAGAACCAGCAUCGCAUUAUAAGAGUCACAUGACAUUAUCAACUUCAACGACUCAAUUGAAAAUAGUCGAAGUGUAAUAUGAUGGGACGAGUUCAAUAUCUGUUUCUGAGUUCACAAACUCACUGGUAAUAAGAAUAUAUGUAAUUGCGAAUUUCAACGUGUGAAUUUGAGUUGACAAAGUUGUGACAAAUCAAGUUCAAUAAUUCGAUACAAGAUGCAUUUAGCUGGAUGAUGUUUUGAAAUGACCCUUCCAAGCCAUUCGAGUGUUAUUUUUUAAGGCGAAGUUUUAUAUGUACAUUCUUCAUUAUACUCAACGUUUAUCUAAUAGACAUUUUUCAAUUUAAUAAACAACCAUAUUUGUACUUUUUUGUCGCUAAUAAAUUGAUUUUUAAUAA